GGAAGUGUGCAAUCUGCAGCCAGCGUCCGAGCACAUUAGAUAAGUGCCCAUUGACAGUCGCCUCCAUCCGCACGUCGCGUUCGGACCGUUCUGUGAUCUGUAUACUUACAUACAUAGUAUACUUACACGAUGUAUUGUGACUUCCCUGAGUUGGGGCGGUGCUGCUUCUGCAUGCCACUGAGGAGGGGGGUGUUGACGUUUGGAUACCUCAAUUUUUUUUUCUCGGUGUUCAUGCUCGGAGUAUACAGCUACUACAUCAACGCUGCCUCCGGCAAUCUCCACCUCAUCUACCACGGCUCGCUGUCAAUGAUCCCUGCCGAGGCAUGCCUCUUCAUCUACUGCCUCGAAAUCGUCUUCAACCUGAUUCUGCUGUAUGGCACUCAUUUGAAAAAGCUUCUGUUCGUGAAGAUAUUCUACUACUUCGCCAUCGUGUCGACGGUGGCAUCGGUGCUGAUCCAGCUGCUGGACGCGUCGGAGAUGUGGAUGCGGCUGGCCAUCGAGACCAUCUCGCUCACGUUCGCGGGCUUGUGUCUCCAGUUAUACCUCAUCAUCUUAGUUCGGAGUCUCAUCAAAAAGCUGAUGGUAGACGGAGACCAUGUUUUCGAGAAUCAGCUUCACCAGAUAGUCACUGGAGAGCGAAAGUUCAACAACGCCAGCAACGGCAUUUAUGAUGCCAACACCGUCGUUCCGAAUAAUCCGACUGAUGUUUAAUCUGGGGUCUCAAAAUAGAAUGAAAGAACAUGGCUGUGUUUAUGUGAGUGUUGAUUAUUAUAGUGUUAACUGUCAAAAUGAAUGGGAUAACACGGUGAAAUGAAAACAUUAUUGUGUCUUCUGAAUAAGUAAGUAUUUAUAUUUUUAAGGCGUCCGAAUGUUAUCAACUUUUUAGUAACAUUCGGAAACCUUUGAAAGUUUGAAUUUUACCAAAAGUAGUAAACUUUCGGUAUUGAGAGUGUUUGUUUGCUUUGUUGCUUCUAAUUAAGCCUUUUUUUGACGUAAAUUAAAGCACAGCGGCAGGGAGAUUUUGUGCCAUUUUAGCUAAAUAAAACCCCAAUAUUAAAGUUUACGAUUUUAUAAUUUUGUAAUAAACAAUGUGCACUAAAAACGUCAAUAACAUGAAAAUUAUUAUACUAUUAUAAAUAGGCAUAGGUAAAUAUUGUUGUAAAUAUUGUAAAGCUUCAAAUGACAUUUUAAGAUGUAAGUUUUAACCAAAGAGCUAAUUAUAAUUUUUAAAUAUUUUUUUACGAUUACUUCUAUCAAAAUACUCUACUUAUAGAAGUAUGGUAAACUAUUUAUUUUAUACCAUAGCAUAUGUUUUGCUUGAUAUGUAAAUUAAUUAAAAAAUACCAGGCUUGUUACUUACUACAAGGCGACUUUUAAUUGUUAUUAAAUUCUAAAUAUUUACUUUUAUUAUGUAGAAUUCUCAAUAAUUAUUGGAAAACGCUAGAAUGUCACUAAUGUGUAGUACUUUAUUUACUAUUUAUUGUGAUGGAGAUGUAUUUUCUAUUAAAAAAGAAGAUUAUAAUAACCGAGAGACUUACACGACAAUAAAAUGAUAAAAAUUA